AUGAAGGCAAAGUUGUUUGGCGGCGGGACUAAGACGCGAGCUAGUAGCAAGACGAAGGAGUCGGCACCCCCGGGAUAUGCGAGACACGCGAGUCAUGCGGGGAGCUGGUACACCGAUGACGCGGAGGAGCUGGGCGAGGAGGUGGAGGCGUGGCUGGCGGCCUCGGGAGUGUCGCCAGACGCCUCCGUGCGCGCCGUGAUUGCACCCCAUGCAGGCUUUCGUUAUUCAGGCAGAUGUGCGGCCUACGCCUUCGCGCACAUGCAUGCACCAUCCAUCCGCCGCAUAUUCCUGCUGGGCCCAUCGCACCACCACUACACACGCAAGUGUGUGCUGCCUCGAUCCACCUCCUUCCACACUCCUCUCGGCGCCCUACCCAUCGACAUGCAAGUGGUGGAGGAACUGAAGGCGACGGGCGAGUUUGAGGAGAUGGGGCGGCAUGUGGACGAGGCAGAGCACUCCCUCGAGAUGCACGCGCCCUUCCUUGCUCACAUGUGCAAAGAUCACAAUGUGACUUUGGUGCCAAUAAUGGUGGGAUCACUGGAUGCAGCAGCAGAGGCCCGAUACGGCAGUAUUCUCUCCAGAUACUUCUCUGAUUCUUCUAACUUCUUUUCAAUUUCUUCUGACUUCUGCCACUGGGGCUCCAGGUUCCGCUUCACGCCAUACGACAAGUCGCAUGGCCCCAUCCACAAGGCCAUAGAGGCCAUGGACCGCGAGGGCAUGGCGGCCAUUGAGGGAGGGCAGGCCAAGGCCUUCCGUGACUAUAUCGAGCGCACAGGGAACACUGUUUGUGGGAGACACCCUAUUGGCGUAUUGCUGCAGAUGGCGGAGCUGUCUCCGUUGCCCCUGAGUAUCCGCUUUGUGCAGUACGAGCAGAGCAGCCACUGCCUCUCCAUGCGCGAUUCCAGUGUCAGCUACGCCUCUGCUGUGCUCACACUCCCACCACCCUCCACCUAG